AUGUUGGGUGUAGAUUCGAUGAACAAGAAUUCUGUAAGCAACCUCUCUCUCCACCUAUCUAGAUUACCUUUUAGAAUUUUAACCCUCACCCACCCAAUUGUGUGGUUGUGUGUUAAUGCAUGCGUUGCAAUUGCUGAGCUUUCUCCUAAAUUACUCAUCUUUUCGGGGUCAACCAUUCUUACCUUAUGUUCCAACAAUCUGAUUACUCCUGACCUACUAGUAUGACGUAUGUAGUUGACCUCACAGUCAUUGCAGGGUAUUUUCUAAAUUAUAUUAUUUUGUCUAAUUGCGUCUCAAUUCCAUUAAUUUAACUGGACAAAGACAUUUUUCCCGUCACGGAAAACUAUUUUCAGAGAUACAUGACUUUUGAUUUUAAGAAGAAGUCAGCAAUGUCAAAAAAGUGUGAAACUGAUUAUUAUUUGUGCUACGGAUACUGCCAGAAUACAGGGAAAAGUGACGGCUUUUGAGAACUGAUGAACAGGUCGAUGGUGAUAUCAGUGAAUGUGAGCAAACAUGAGUUCCUCCUUGUAUUUAUUUAUUUCUCCUCACUUGAAAGCGCAAAUGAUCCUAAAGUACAUAUGACUUUUCAUUUCACUGCACAAGGGUGGCAUUCACAGAAAUCAACGACUCAAGAAUAUUACUGUUUAAUGGCAUGAGGGCACUUAUAGUGAAUGUUACUCAUCUUCAUCUAAAACAGAAUAACAGACAUUUC